UCAGGGCAUCAGGAACAGAUAUCUACUAACCAACAUGGCGGCGUCGAGCUAACGCGGCUAAUGUCAAGCAGAGAGAAGCUAACCGAUUAACAGCUGGUGAUUUGUUCACGUGGUUCAUUAAUGAACAAAGUUAAUGAUUCUUUUAUUUAUUCCUCAUUAACAUGUCGGGGCUGCUACUCGCUUUCAACUAGUGUCAGCAGAGAUGUUGCCCUCAUGCUGGGUUAGGCUGCUGCCCCGGGUUACCUGGAGGCCAGGAUGUCCCUGCAGGAACAUUUCUGUGAAACCAGGAGGUUUGAAACCAAAGACAGUCCCAGCUCGUUACCUGGGUCAGCCCAGCCCCUUCACACACCCUCACCUCUUAAAACCAGGUGAGGUGACUCCAGGUGUGACUCAGGCAGAGUUCGAGCUCCGCAGACACAGACUGGCGUCUCUCAUCGAGGCUCAGGCCGACCGGCUCGGCCCGUCUGUCUCUUCUGGGACUCACGUGGUCGUUGUUCUGUCUCACCCGACCUGCUACAUGUCCAACGACAUCCCGUACCACUUCCACCAGAACCAGGACUUCCUGUACCUCAGCGGUUUCCUGGAGCCGGACAGCGCUCUGGUUCUUUACGGUAAAGGUCGCCCGGACCAGGCGGCGCUGUUUGUCCCUCGCAGAGACCCAGGGAGGGAGCUGUGGGACGGAGCGCGCUCAGGGAAGGACGGAGCGUCUGCUCUGACUGGCAUCGACAGAGUUCACUGCACUGAGGAGCUGGGCAUGGUGCUCAAGAGCCUUAAAGGCACUGCGCUGUGGUACGACAGCUCUCAGCCCGCCCACCCUCGGCUCCAUCAGACUCACCUGACACCUGUCCUGGAGGCGGGGCCGAUGCCCCGCUCGGUCCGGCCCCUCGUCCACUCUCUGAGGGCGGUGAAGAGCCGAGCAGAGGUGCAGCUGCUGCAGGCGGCCGGACACAUCUCAGCACAGGCAUUCAGGAGGACGAUGUCUUUUUCACGAGGAGACGUGGACGAGGCCGUGCUCUUCGCUGUGUUUGACUUUGAGAAUCGUCUCCACGGAGCGAACUUCCUCGCCUACCCUCCGGUGGUCGCUGGAGGGAAUCGAGCCAACACUCUGCACUACAUCAACAACAACCAGAUCAUCAAGGACGGGGACUUGGUGCUGCUGGACGGAGGUUGUGAAUAUUUUGGUUACGUCAGUGACAUCACUCGAACGUGGCCCGUUAACGGAAAGUUCAGUCGGGCUCAGGCCGAGCUGUAUGAGGCCGUCCUGGAGGUGCAGCGCUCCUGUCUGUCACUGUGCUCACCUGGUGUCAGCCUGGAUCACAUCUACAGCACCAUGCUGGCUCUGAUUGGACGACAGCUUAGGAGGCUCGGCGUCGUCCCACCCAGUACCAGUGAUGCAAAUUUAUUAAAGGCUGCUCGGAGGUACUGCCCUCACCAUGUGGGACAUUACCUGGGCAUGGACGUCCACGACACACCUGAGCUGUCCCGCUCUCAGCCUCUACAGCCGGGGAUGGUCAUCACUAUAGAGCCAGGCGUGUACAUUGGCGAGGACAACAACGAAGCUCCAAAGCGAUUCCGUGGUCUGGGCGUGAGGAUCGAGGACGACGUGGUGAUCCAGGAUCAAGGAGGUCCUCUGAUCCUGUCCUCUGAAGCUCCAAAGACCAUCGCUGACGUGGAGCAGGCGUGUGCUCUCAGAUAGGACAGGUGUGUCCAGGUGUGGUGAUGACAUCAUCAGGACGAGGACCAUCAGUGAAAUGUAAAGACGAUCAUUUCCCCUCAUCAGACACACAAACACACCUGGGAACAACAGGUAACCAUCAGCUGAGUCGCCACGGCAACCACCACGCCAACUUUCAUCUGAGAAAAGUUAAAAACAUCAACAUUGCCCCUUCAUCAACCGACACACUGAAUACUUUUUGACCCCUGGUGAUUUAAAAUCACGCCGUCGGGCCGUGUGUCUGAGUCUGUCUGCAAUAUUAACUCAUUAAAAAAAGACAUGGCUCCAUAUCUGGUGUCUAGGACUUCUGUUGUGGUUGCCAUGGUAACAAACGGGUAUCAAUAUUAAGUUCAUAAGUUAUGGUAUCAUGACGACCCUUAUGAAUACACACACACACACAGAAAAUGUGUUUCUAUAUGUAUUAAAAAUAUUUCUUCUUUCAUAACUAAUAAACUGUUUGAAUUUGACUUAAUAAUUAGAGUCAAAUAGAAUUUGUCAAAUAAAUAUGAAAAAUUAAGCCGAUGCUGAAGUUUUUAAUUCCUGCAGUUCCUGGAGUGUCCACUAGAGGCUGGCUGCAGAAGCACAGGAAGUCACAUACACACCCAUUCUAAAAAGCCUGUUUUUACAGCAGAGAUUAACAUGUUUACAGCCUGGUUCAAAAAACCAAAUAGGUGUGAUUAGCUCAUGUCUCGAUGGACACACACUGUACGGGGGGUGAAUGUUUUGAUGACUCAUCAGUUUUGAUUUGAUGAAGGAUAAGAGUUAUUCACAAUAAGGCGUGUAGCUGACCUGAUUGACAGGUGGGUGCGGUGUAACGGUUUGUCAGGAGGUUUAAAACCCGCCUCAGCUCCAGCUCUCAGCCUGUCGUUAGGUUGACUGAAAGUUAGACUGAGACAGCAUUUCCAGCAUGGAGACCGCCAUCGAUGGGACUCCAGCUCCCCCUGCAGGAACAGACGGGGGACGUCACUCCUGCUCACUGACUAAAUUAUACUAAAACGUUGGAGACGUUGGGAUUUGUGCGUUGGGUGAAUGCACGUUGCAGAGUGACCGAGUUUACCUGAAACUUUGGUGUUUCAGACUCAGGGCUGCAACGCCAAUCGAGUAAAUGUUUGCAACGAAUUUGAUUAUCGAUUUGCAACUGUUCAGCCUGAACUUUGUCUAAAUGUGCUGUUUAAAUAAAGUUUAUUUUAUUAUAAUGGUG